AUGAUCAUCAUUAUGGCACGUCCUUCGGAUUCGAUGGCAGCAGCGGUUUACAUUACCAAUCUAUUAAGUGAAGAAAUAUUGACUGUGCAUUGUCAAUCCAAAGACGACGACCUUGGAGGCCAUGCGGUAGCCGUUGGGGCUACGUACCAUUGGGAUUUCGGGACAAAUUUACGGACACUUUUUUGGUGCAAACUCGCGAUCGAAGAUAAGCGUAUUUUUUUCGUGGCGUACGAUGACGAUUCUCGUGAACCUGGUUUCGGGAGUUGGGCUGCUUGUGACGAUAGACUUUAUGGGAUGCCCCAGGAUCGUCUGCCCUUUCUGAAGGCUCUAUGGACGUGA